AUGUCCCAGGAUCUCUUCGCGGCCUUCGGGGACCCGCCUCCAGAGCCACCGACUAUGGGUCGCCCACAUAAGCCAACUCGGGAGUCUUGGAAUGUUUCCAAUGAAGGCUUCGUGGGUGUGCAGAAUGGCGGCCAAACACCCUCGGGAGAGGCUCAAGUAGACUCUGCACCGGAUGGUACACAAGACCAGGAUGACUUCGGUGAUGACGACUGGGGAGACUUCGAAGAUGCAUCUGCCAAGCAACCCCCAGCCCCUAAAGAUAUGAAAGUAACCUCACCGAAGUCUUCUGAUGCCAUGGCUCGGCACGCCCUGGCAUCGCCACCCCCUCAGGUCAAGAAGGAGGAAGCUUCUUCACAGCCGGAUUCCAAAAUCGGGCAACAUCCAUUCGCAGGGCAUAUGGACUUCCUUUUUGAGCCUGGUGAGGAUGAGUACGAUGCAGGAGAAGAUGAUCUAGCGAACUUGGCAAAGGACCCGGAAGCUGCUAUGGCCUUUUCCAAGCGACUCAUCGCAGAACAGGAGGCGAAGGCAAAGCAAGCGGCAAGUGGGCAACCUGCUUCUUCAAAUAACAAGACAGCCGUGCUGGAGCAGUCGAAAACUCAGCUGGAUCAGCAACACAAAAAGCUCGCCAAACGUCCUUCUAUACCUGCCUCCCAGUCUGGAGCGAAAGCAACUCCGGCUGCAAACCCUCCCCCAGCAAGGAACAAACUCCGGAAGAAGUCGGGCUAUGCUCCCACCAAGGCUCCAGAUGUGCUUUUUGAUGCCGAGAAUCUGUCUGAGCACGACGACGAUGACGAUUUCGGUGACUUUGAAAAUAGCACAUCGCCGGUUGUCGCAGUUGUACCCCCGUCUGAGCCUGUGGCGAAGCAAGCAUCGCCUACAAUGCCGUCAAUGGAUCUUUUGGGUUUAGAUGACAAUCUGAAGCCUAUCACACAGAUUGGCAGGUCACGAAGUGACUCGUUGCGUAAGGCGAACGAGAUCUUGGGGCCAACGAAAACGUCCAAUCAUUCACGUACGUCUUCGCUGAUUGAUGAUAAUCCUUGGGAUGACUUCGAGACUCAGCCGUCUACGGAACCAAGUGUCACCAAUACCGCGAAACCAGAAGCAGAAGACGAUGCCUGGGACGACUUCGAGACAGCAGAGCCGGUGUCGAACGCACUACCUGUGGUGGCCUCUCAAACUACAUCAGUCUCUGUGCCAUCCUUGCAUUCCAGAGCGACGUCUGAAUCGGCCUUGCCACCCACGAACAUCCCUCCUCCAGCCAUACUUCUCUCAGUUUUCCCCUCAAUAUUCUUACCAGCACAGGAUGCACUGUUCCAGCCUCUAUCACGCCUGGACCAUUCGCAAAGACAAGAGCUGCUGGCACAUCCUGCCACGCAUCAAUUUCUACGGAGCUACCUUGAAACAUCAUUGGUGCUUGCCAGGAUCAUCGCCGGGCGAAAGCUAAGAUGGAAACGGGACCAGAUCUUAUCUCAAUCGAUGCGCAUCGGACAAGCAGGUGCCAGCGGUAAGAGCGGCAUGAAGCUCACUGGUGUAGACAAAGGAGAGGCUACGAAGGAAGAACAAGAAGCGCAAGAAGCCCUCCGUCUUUGGCGAGCACAAUCAGGAAAGCUGAGGGGAGCGGUGACCACCGCAUCGUCGGCUUCAGCUGGCAAGGCCUCGAAACUUCCCCCAAUGCCCGAGAUCAGCGAUCAGAUGCCAGUCAGGACCUUGAAAGCCGUCGAGGGAGGGUUCACUGCACCGCAUGCUUGUGCACUGUGUGGCCUGAAAAGAGAGGAACGUGUAGCCAAGGUCGACAUCGACGUCGAUGAUAGCUUUGGAGAGUGGUGGGUGCAAGGGGUGGAUAUGCAUUUGGCCUGUCGGAAUUGGUGGGAAGAACACAAAGCCAAGCUGAAGUCCAGGUAG